AUGGAAACUUCACAGGACUUUUGGUACCACAACGCCCCGCUCAUGCGCAACGCGGACAUUGUGGACUUGAGCGAUGAAACAGCUCCGGACUGGAACUUCAUGAACGACAAGGUCUUUGGCUUCGUGAAGUGCGUCUUCAAGCUGAUGGAUGGCUGGGAGGUUCUGCCACAGGGAGAGGAUCACGAGCACAGGCCCAAAGAGGAGUCGGACGACGAAGAUGAGGCUGUUGCGGUCCAGGAUGUGGCACCCGUGGUUCCUUCGUCGCCAGUGGACACCGGUGCUGGUGUGGGGUCACUGGAUGACUUGGCGGUGGCCAAAAGUUCCGAUGCACGGAAGAAGAGUAAGGGCGACGACGCGCAGUCCAUCGUCGUCACUGCCGAGGACGUCGCAAAGCUUCGACGAUCUGUUGGCUUUGAUGAUGACCUGGAUUCUUAUGCUUUCGACGUGGCGAGACUGACCUCGCGCUACAAGAACAAGGAGCGAGUCCCUUCACGCAUCCGUGUGCGAAUCUACUUCAUCAAGGCCAUCUGCAUCUUUGGCAAGCAGGUCGAAGGCUUCUUUGGCAAGGCCUUCAUUGAUCCCUACUUAGCGUACAAGUUGGGGAAUAGCAUCGUGGUGUCCAUGAGAAACAUGGCGCAGUACAACACGAACGUCCCCAGCUUCUACAGAGUAGAGGAGCGGGACAUCGUGAUGCCUGCAGAGUCCCGCCUGCAGGUGGACCUCUUCGAUUUCCAGGAUGCUCUGGGUGAGGCAAUCAAUGGUGAGAAGCUGAUCGGCAGCACGGUCAUUGACUUGGAGGACCGAUGGCACUCUGCCUCCUGGCGAGACUGCAUGGACCGUCGUCAGCAGGUCCCCACGGAGAAUCGCGGGCUCAUCAACCCGCAGCUCUCGGGUCAGAACUGUGGAAGCAUCGAGAUGUGGGUUGAGAUGAUCGACAGCGUUCGGGCAUCGGAUAUCAAGGCAUCUGAGCUUCGGAAACCUCCGGCCAUGGAGAUCGAGAUUCGCCUUGUUAUUCGCACUUGCAAGAAUGUGAAACUCAUGGACGGCUCCAAGACGGACGUGAAGGUCACAGUCGAUUUGGAGUGCAAGGAGUACGAGGGAGUUACCAUGGGAUUCCCCAAGCUGCAGCCCACGGACGUACACUUCGGCUCCACCGGCAAUGCCAUAUUCAACUGGCGCAUCGUGUACCCUCGAAUCGUCAUGCCGACCAAGUCCUGCACCAUGGAUCUCAAGCUUUAUCAGGCAAACUCCAUCUCUGCUGAUGAGUUCAUCGGCGCCGUAAGUGUGGAUUUGCGAAGAUAUGUGGAGAGAGUUGCGCGGGACAUGGACAUGAUUUACAUCGAGAAAGCAGAUCUCCAGUUCACGGCUGGCGCUUCCGGCGAGGGAGAAGAGGGAGGCGGCGAGAGCGGCGAUGCUGCAGAGGAGGAGAUGGUGGGCUCCGUGCAGUUCGAGAUGUGGUUCAUGACGCAGAGCGAGGCGAACCAGAAACGGAACGGCAAGGGCCGAGAAGACCCCAAUGACUUUCCACAGCUGGUCACGCCAGCAGAGGGCCGUGGUUGGGGUGACGUCCUGGGUGGCUUCUCUCUGUCUCUGCCUGAUCUUGGGCUCAUGAAGAAGGUGAUCCCGCUGAUCCUCUUCACCUUGCUCUGUCUGGUUCUCCUCAGAUUUAUCGGUCUGCUCUGA